GCUGCACACGUAUAAAAAAAAACAAGGUAAUUUCGAAAAUAUAACCUUUAAUCACAUAAGUGGGAAGUGCGUCAACCUUGAAUAGCCGCCAUAUUGGAAUACCCAAUGUUUGAUAUCGUCGCAAACUUUCGGCAUAUUUGUUGACUGACGGUUGAAUUUAAAGCGUAACAAUGACGGAGGUUCAGCCUCGAGAGAUAAAGAUCUUAGAGACUGCUGAGGACAUCCAGCAGCGCAGAGAAGAGGUUCUCGGUCGAUAUUCAGCUUUCAAACAGGCCAUCUCGGACCGUCGUAACAAGCUCGAGGAUUCACGUAGAUACCAGUACUUCAAGAGAGAUGCGGAUGAAUUGGAGAGCUGGAUUUAUGAGAAACUACAGACUGCCUCAGAUGAGAGUUACAAAGAUCCAACAAAUUUACAGGCAAAGAUUCAGAAGCACCAAGCAUUUGAAGCUGAAGUUGCUGCCCAUGCCAAUGCUAUUGUUGUCCUUGACAACACCGGAACUGAGAUGAUCGACCAAGGUCACUUUGCCUCUGAAAUCAUCAAGGAGCGCCUUGAUGAGUUACACAGACUAUGGGAGCUGUUAUUGUCUAAGUUAAAGGAGAAGGGAACCAAAUUGCAGCAGGCAUUGAAACUUGUACAGUUCAUGAGAGAAUGUAACGAGGUUAUGUUCUGGAUUCAUGAUAGGGAAGCUUUCGUGACAUCAGAAGAGUUUGGACAAGAUCUUGAGCAUGUUGAAGUGUUACAGAAGAAAUUUGAUGAGUUCCAGAAGGAUUUACAAAACCAUGAGGACAAGGUGACAGAAGUGAACACAUUGUCACAGCAGCUGCUGGAGGACGGACACCCAGACGAGGAGACCAUCACACAGAAAAGAGAUGAAGUGAAUGAGGCCUGGGCCAGACUGAAACAACUGUCACUCCUUCGACAGGAAAGACUCUUCGGAGCUCAUGAGAUUCAGAGAUUUAAUAGAGAUGCUGAUGAGACUAUUGCAUGGAUCAUGGAGAAAGAUGCUAUCCUCUCCACAGACGACUAUGGCCGUGACCUUGCCAGUGUUCAAGCACUCAGACGUAAACAUGAGGGAGUCGAGAGAGACUUGGCUGCUCUUAACGAAAAGGUGUCAGCUCUUGGAGCAGAGUCUAAACGUCUACAAGACAUCCACCCUGAUCAUGCCGACGCUAUCAAUAACAAACAGACUGAGAUAGAAGAUAACUGGACACGCCUGAAGGAUAAGGGAGGAGAGAGGAAAGCCAGACUUGAUGAUUCGUACCACCUUCACAGAUUCUUGGCCGACUUUCGUGAUUUGGUAUCCUGGGUACAUGAUAUGAAGGCCAUCAUCUCGGCAGAUGAUCUGGCCAAGGACGUUGCUGGAGCUGAGGCCCUUCUCGAGAGACACCAGGAACAUAAGGGUGAGAUAGAUGCUCGUGAGGACAGUUUUCGAUCGGCUAUGGAGUCUGGUAACAGACUUGUUGAUACCAACCAUUAUGCUGCUGAUGAAGUCAGAGAAAAGCUGCAAACACUGUCAACAGAGAAGAACAGUUUGCUGGAGAUGUGGGAAGAGCGUCGUAUCCUGUAUGAACAGUGUAUGGAUCUACAACUCUUUAUCAGGGACACCGAACAAGCUGAUGCCUGGAUGACCAAACAGGAGGCUUUCCUGGCCAAUGAAGACCUGGGUGACUCUCUAGACAGUGUAGAGGCUCUGUUUAAGAAGCACGAUGACUUUGAGAAGUCCCUGGCAGCCCAGGAAGAGAAGAUCAAGGCCCUGGAUGAGUUUGCUACUAAACUGAUUGAGAAUGAGCACUAUGCAGCUGAUGAUGUUGCAGCAAGACGUGAUCAGUUAUUAACGAGGAGGAAUCGUCUCUAUGAAGCAUCACAACUGAGGCGCCACCUGUUGGAGGAGUCCUACAAGUUCCAGACUUUCCAGAGAGAUUGUGACGAGACCAAGAGCUGGAUCAACGAAAAACUCAAGACAGCCUCUGAUGAGAACUACCUGGACCCAACCAACCUUCAGACAAAGGUACAGAAGCACCAGAACUUUGAGGCUGAGAUCGAAGCCAACAAGAACAGAAUAGAGGCCAUCUCAACAUCAGGUGAACAACUACUGGCAGAGGAACACUACGCUUCAGACACCAUCAGAGAAAGAAUUGAUGAGAUUCUUGAACUGUGGGAAAAUCUCCAGAGACAGACAGAAUUCAAGGGUAACAAACUAAAGGAGGCAAGUCAACAGCAGCAGUUCAACCGUAACGUAGAGGACAUCGAGACAUGGCUGUCAGAAAUCGAGGGACAGCUUAUGUCUGAGGAUUAUGGCAAGCUUCUACGGCGACAUGGAACUCUAUAUUCUGUUCAUAUGGACUUGACCAGUGUACAGAACCUGCAGAAGAAGCAUGCUCUACUCGAGGCUGAUGUUGCUGCUCACCAGGACCGUAUUGAAGGUAUUGCAGUACAGGCCCAGUCAUUUGUUGACUCGGGACAUUUCGAUUCGGAAAAUAUCCAAGCCAAACAGACACAGCUUCUUAACAGAUACAAGGCUCUAAAGGAGCCAAUGGCUGCCCGGCACCAGAAAUUGGAGGAUGCACUCCGUCUACAGCAGUUCCUGAGAGAUGUAGAGGAUGAGGAAGACUGGAUUAGAGAGAAAGAACCCAUAGCUGCAUCUACAAACAGAGGUCGUGAUUUGAUUGGUGUACAAAACUUGAUGAAGAAACACCAGGCCCUUCAAGCGGAGCUGGCAGGACAUGAGCCAAGGAUUAACAACGUUAGCCAGCAGGGAACAGACAUGAUUAAAGAUGGUCACUUUGCUGCAGAUGAGAUUCAAGGCAAGAUCAGUGAUCUGGAAGACAGAUGGCAAGCUCUUAAGGACAAGGCAUCACAGCGUAAACAAGACCUGGAGGACUCCUUACAGGCCCAGCAGUACUUUGCUGAUGCUAACGAGGCCGAGUCCUGGAUGAGAGAGAAAGAGCCGAUUGCCUCUAACACCGACUAUGGUAAAGACGAAGACUCUGCUGAGGCCUUGCUGAAGAAACAUGAAGCUUUCCUGUCAGAUCUCGAGGCAUACAGCACUGUGAUUGAAGGACUGCAUGAUCAGGCACAGGCCUGUAAGCAACAAGAGGCUCCAGUGAUAGAUGACCUGGGUACAGAGAAGGUAAUGGCUCUGUAUGACUACACGGAGAAAUCUCCACGAGAAACUUCCAUGAAGAAAGGGGAUGUCCUCACAUUGCUUAACAGCACCAACAAGGACUGGUGGAAAGUUGAGGUAAAUGAUCGUCAAGGUUUUGUACCAGCUGCCUAUGUUAAGAAACUGGACCCAAGCCUGUCAGCCAGCCGUAACAACCUGAUGGACGAAUUUACCAUCUCUGUAAGACAGAACCAAAUUGAGACUCAGUAUGCUAACCUGCUUGACCUGGGUAACCAGCGUCGUGAGAAAAUCCAGGAGUCCUGCAAAGCAUACCAGUUGGUGAGAGAGGCAGCAGAACUGGCUGCAUGGAUUACUGAGAAAGAAGGUAUUAUGGUAGCUGAGAAUGUUGGAGAUGAUCUGGAACAAGUUGAGGAGAUGCAGAAGAAGUUUGAUGACUUCAGAAAGGAUUUGAGAACCAAUGAAGCUAGGCUACAGGAGCUGAACAGUAUUGCAGACAGACUGACAGCCAUGGGACAGACCGAGGCAGCUGAGAAGAUCAGAGAGCAAAUAGCAACAUUGAACACAAGAUGGGCAACACUACAACAGGUUACAGCAGACAGAGCCCAAACACUGGGCAGUGCCCAUGAAGUUCAGAGAUUCCACAGAGAUGUAGAUGAAACUAAAGACUGGAUAAAUGAGAAGAACCAGGCGCUCAACAACGAUAACUACGGUCAUGAUCUAGCCAGUGUGCAGGCCCUGCAGCGUAAACAUGAGGGACUCGAGAGAGAUCUUGCUGCCCUUGGGGAGAAGGUACGAGACUUGGAUGAGUCUGCGAAACGUUUGAUGAUGACCCACCCAGAUCAGGGAGAACAGAUCUAUGAGCAUCAGACAGAAAUCAACGAGAUGUGGAAUGAACUUACUGCAAAGGCUGACGGCCGCAAAGCCAAACUGUUAGACAGUUACGAUCUUCAGCGUUUCCUGAGUGACUACCGUGACUUGACUUCCUGGAUCAACAGUAUGAUGGCUCUUGUCUCCUCUGACGAGCUCGCCAAGGACGUCACAGGGGCUGAAGCUCUUUUAGAACGUCAUCAGGACUUAGGACAUCCCCCUCCAUCGUGCGAGAAUAUCGAAAAGCUUAUGGCGUCCUCAACCGAACCUACUGUCAAUUUGCAGAUGUUCAGUUCGGAGAUAGUGAGCCACUAUGGUAUAACUCAGCUGCCUCCCCAAGCUGAGGGUGAAGAGUCCGAAGUCGAGGAUGAGGAACAUCGCACUGAAAUCGAUGCAAGGUCUGGUACGUUCCAGGCAUUUGAGACGUUUGGUCAACAGUUGUUACACAAUAGCCACUAUGCCAGCGAGGAUGUCAAGACCAGGCUUGAAGAACUGGCCGUAGCCCGUGAAGAACUUGAGCAGGCAUGGAUUCAGAGACGUAUGAAGCUUGACCAGUGUUUGGAACUACAGUUGUUCUACAGAGACUGCGAGCAGGCAGAGUACUGGAUGGCAUCAAGAGAGGCUUUCUUGUCUGGCGACCAAGUGGAUGGAGAUAACGUAGAGUCUUUGAUCAAGAAACACGAGGACUUUGAUAGAGCUAUCAGUAGUCAGCAAGAGAAGAUUCAGGCACUGCAGGUAUUUGCUGAUCAGCUGAUUGGAGGAGAGCACUAUGAUGCUCAGGCCAUUGAAGACAAACGUGACUCAGUCCUUGACAGAUGGACCAACUUGAAGGAUGCUCUGAUAGACAACCGAUCGAAGCUUGGCGAGGCUCAAACUCUGCAGCAGUUCUCCCGAGAUGCUGAUGAGAUGGAGAACUGGUUACAGGAGAAACUCCAAAUUGCUAGUGACGAGUCUUACAAAGACCCUGCUAACAUACAGAGCAAGCACCAGAAACAUCAAGGAUUUGAAGCAGAACUUGCUGCUAAUGCUGACAGACUACAGGCUCUAUUAGCUACUGGACAAGCUUUGAUUGAUCAGAAGCAGUGUGCCGGUUCUGAGGAAGCUGUACAGGCACGUCUAGAAAGUCUCGCCUCCCAGUGGGAGACCCUGGUGGCCAAGUCAGCAGAGAAGAGCGACAAACUAAAGGAGGCAAGCCGACAACAGACCUACAAUGCUGGUGUCAAGGACAUAGAAUUCUGGCUUGGAGAGGUUGAACAAAUGCUGGCAUCCGAGGAGUACGGCAAGGAUCUUGCCUCGGUUCAGAAUCUGUCGAAGAAACACCAACUGCUUGAGGCAGAUAUUGCUGCACAUGAGGACCGCAUCAAGGACCUGAACUCCCAGGCUGAUCAGUUUAUAGAUAGCGGUGUCUGGGACGCUGAGAGCAUUGAGGUCAGGAAAAGAACCAUCAACGAAAGAUAUGAAAAGAUCAAAGAGUUGGCAAUUGUACGUAAGACAAGGUUGAAUGAAGCCAACACCAUGCACCAGUUCCUACGUGACAUUGAUGAUGAAGAGGCCUGGAUCAAUUUUCCAGGUCAUUUAAUAGAACCCUCAGGGGAGAAGAAAUUGCUUGUAGGCUCUGAGGACUAUGGGAAGGAUUUGACUGGAGUACAGAAUCUCCGUAAGAAACAUAAACGUCUAGAUGCUGAGCUCACAAGCCACGAACCAGCUAUUCAGGCUGUGCAGGAGACGGGAGCCAAAUUGAUUGGCGAAUCUGACAUCAACACUGAUGAUAUACAGAACAGACUGGAACAACUUGCCAAGAGCUGGGAUGAGCUCAAACAGAUGGCAGAAAGAAGAGGCCAGAUGUUGGAAGAAUCGUACGCAUUCCAGCAGUUCAGCGCCAACGUUGAUGAGGAAGAAGCUUGGAUAUCAGAGAAACAACGUCUCCUAUCUGGUGGUGACCUUGGUGACACAAUGGCUGCUGUACAGGGCCUGCUGAAGAAACAUGAAGUGUUUGAGACAGAUUUCCAGGUACAUAGGGAAAGAUGUCAGGAGGUACAGAAAGAAGGAGAGAAACUUAUUCAAGAGGGCAACCAUAACAAGGACAGUAUCUCUCAGCGUAACCAGGGACUACAGGACAAGUUAUCUGCUCUUGAUGAAGCCGCAGCCCUCCGCAAAGCUGGUUUGAUUGACAACUCUGCUUUCCUGCAGUUUAUCUGGAAGACUGAUGUUGUGGAAAGCUGGAUCGCCGACAAAGAGAACCAAGUUCGCUCCGACGACUAUGGUCGUGACCUCUCAUCCGUACAAACCCUUCUCACCAAACAGGACACUUUCGAUGCUGGAUUACAAGCAUUUGAGAAGGAAGGGAUACAGACUAUAACUGCGCUGAAAGAUCAGCUGAUUGCAUCUAAACAUGCUCAGACACCUGCCAUUGAGAAAAGAUACAAUGAUGUAAUGACAAGAUGGCAGAACCUAUUGUCUGACUCCGAGCAGCGUAAACAGACAUUGCUGCGUCUGCAAGAUCAGUACAGGCAGAUAGAAGACCUCUACCUAGCUUUCGCUAAGAAAGCCUCGGCCUUCAACUCUUGGUUUGAGAACGCCGAGGAAGACUUGACCGACCCUGUAAGAUGUAAUUCGGUAGAGGAAAUACGACAUCUGCGCGAGAAUCAUGAGCAGUUCAAGGCCUCGCUGUCAGCUGCACAGGCUGACUUCAACCAACUAGCUGCCCUUGACAAAGAGAUCAAGAGCUUCAAUGUAGGACCAAAUCCCUACACCUGGUUUACAAUGGAGGCCUUGCAGGAUACCUGGAAUAACCUGCAGAAAAUCAUUAAGGAGAGGGACGUGGACUUGGCUAAUGAACAGCAGAGACAGGAGGAGAAUGAUCAGCUACGUAAACAGUUUGCCCAGGCUGCUAACGCUUUCCAUGCUUGGCUCACAGAAACUAGGAUGUGGCUGUUGGAUGGAGGGGCAUCUAUGAUGGAAGGUUCUGGCACACUGGAGGAUCAGCUGGAAGCUACAAAGAAAAAGGCAGUGGAAGUGAGAUCACAGAAGGGACAAUUGAAGCGUAUUGAAGAUCUUGGUGCGGCCAUGGAGGAACGGCUCAUUCUUGACAAUAGGUACACAGAACAUAGUACAGUUGGUUUAGCUCAGCAGUGGGAUCAGCUGGACCAGCUUGGUAUGAGAAUGCAGCAUAAUCUUGAACAACAGAUCCAGGCUCGUAACAGAAGUGGCGUGUCCGAGGACGCCCUGCGUGAGUUCAGCAUGAUGUUCAAACAUUUUGACAAAGACAAGUCUGGUAAAUUAGAUCACCAGGAAUUCAAGUCUUGUCUCCGAGCCCUCGGCUACGAUCUUCCAGUGGUGGAGGACGGACAGGUGGACCCAGAGUUCCAGGCAAUCCUCGACAUGGUCGAUCCUAACAGGGAUGGGCAUGUGUCACUACAGGAGUACAUGGCAUUUAUGAUUAGCCGAGAGACAGAGAACGUCCAGUCGAGCUCGGAAGUGGAACAAGCUUUCCGAGCUCUAACUUCUGGAGAAAAACCAUUUAUUACAUCACAAGAGCUGUAUGCUAACCUUACAAAGGAACAAGCGGAUUAUUGUAUAGGGCGUAUGAAACCGUAUGUGGAUCGGACAGGACGCACCAUACCAGACGCAUAUGACUACGCUGAUUUUACCCAGUCCAUGUUUGUCAACUAGCAUACAUAGACUUUUUGUUGCUUUAUUAAUAUAUACAGUAAUAUACGUGUUAUAAUAUAGGCAAGUGAAUAUGUUAUUUGUGCUUACAGUUGUAGAGGGAAAUAGAACAUUUUUAAGAAAAAUUAUCUAAACCAGAUAUAAUACAUGGAAAAAAUAAAUAAUUUUGACUUGUGGGAAACUAUGCAGUUUUCCAGACUAGAUAUAAAUACAUAAACAGAAAAAAUACAGUUAUAUUUAAACUUCUUUGACUAAGAGAAAAUUUUCCAGCAAUAAACGCAGAGAAAUCAUUUAAGAAAACUUGAAAGAAAUGGAAAAAUUGACAUAUUAUAUUAUGAUAUUCUUUGCAGUGCUCUGUAUUUUUGGUGAUGGUUUAAGCACCUAAGUUAAUAUGCAGCCUCGACUUCAACAAAGUUGAAAAUAUUUGGUAGAAUCAUGUUGAAAAUAGUUCUUCAGUUUAUUAAAGAAUUUAAAAAAAAUGAAUUAGAAUAACUCUGUAAUCACCCUAAAUAAAAUAUAUUUAAACAUACUUAAAAAAGGAUUUUAAACUGUUAUGAAAAAAAACUAACUUCAAAAAUGUUGUAACACCAUCAUUGUAUCUGUAAAUCAAGCCAGCUACAUGUUGUGUUUAAUUAUACCAGCAUCUUACUUCUGUUUAAGUUAGAAGUAUGUUUUCCAAAUACUGUACUUAAUUUUGCAUGUUUUGUUCCAACACGGCAAAAAAUAAUAAAGAACAUCAUUAUUUUAGUUGCAAGAUCUGAAUAAAAAAAAUUAUUUGAA